AUGCCUUACUCCAUUGAGUUCCCUAGCAUCACCCUUGACAUCCAUCCUACAUUCUCGCCUGCAGUCGUCAACAACACAAUGAACCCCACCACCUCCUUCUCCAACCAAACCACAAGCAUGACACUCGCCAUUCAUCCAACUCUAUCUCCAUCAACCACCUCAGGGAACAACUGCACGAACAGCAGCCUCGGCGCUUGCGGUCCUGGAAUCGGUUCCUGCCCCUCUGGCCUCUGUUGCAGUGGAUACGGUUACUGCGGCUCAAACUCCAGCUACUGUGGCACAAACUGCAUGCCAAACUUCGGUGUCUGCGGUUUCAAUGCUUCUCAGCCAAGCUACAGUUUCUCCUACGCCCCUCUCAGUACCUCUGCUCCCUUGGACGACGGUACCGGUGCUGCUGGCAUCAUUACUGGUGAUCUCGCCCAGUCUGUCUCUCCAACGACCACGUUCAGCUAUGCUCUCGAGAGCACUGAGAGCGUGAUGAGCUCUGCUCUGCCAACCAUGACCGAGAUCUCAUUCGAGCCGCUGAGCACUACUUGCACGGCUGUCAAAUCGACUUUGGCUACUGGGAGCUAUCAAGAUGCUUCUGUGACUACGGUUACUGUGUUGAAAACGAUCAAAUGCUGA